GUUUAGUUUAUCGAUGCCUAGUCCCUUUUCUAAGUAUCCUUUUUCAGGUUUCGCAGGCAGGUAACUGCGUGGGGCGCAACUCGGUAACCACGCUUGCGCAGUACAGUCGCGUAAGUAUUUGUUUAGAACAAGCACUGCUCGUAUUUUCUACAAUCUCCUAACAAACUCAUACACAAAUAACCAGUUUAUUUAACAAACUUAUACUUAGAGUUAUAUGUCAGGAUUUGAAGAAACCUUACAGCUUGUUAUCCAGUGUUAAAAAUAUCGAUUGAUAAGUGAAAGUGAAUCGAAUAGUUUUGUUUUCGAGGAUGCAGCCAACGUUGCCGGCGAUCUGGUCGGAGAUCGAGCGCUACCGGCGCCGGCGCGGCCGCGUCACGCUCGCCGAGCUCAGCGAGAUCACAGCGCGCGCGCAUCAGUUGCACCUGCAGGAGCUGCGUCGGUUGCGAGAACUUCACGCCAGACUGGACUGGCCGCGAGUACACCGUCCAGAGAUCCUGCUCUACACGCCCAAUCAGCUUAGACAACUCAUCAGAUUGGGCAAUGUAGCAGAUGAUACGGCUUCGGCUGCGCAGCCCACCUCAUCCACCGUCUGGAGACCUGGCCCACUCGGAGCGCCCUGGCAUUUACCGGAUAACGAUUUCUCGACUGAGACAGGAAAAACAAGUACGACGACAGCGGACGGGGAGUGGUCAGUGUGGAAGUCUGCACGAGGUUGGGGCGCGGGUGCUCUGCUACUGAUCGCGGCGCUGCUGCUGGUACGCGCAACGGAUCGCUGCUUUACGCGGAAUUACGCAAGAUCACGUCGAAGACGAUCUGAGGAAUGGCCAACACCUAACGUACUCGCUACUAGUAAUCGUCUCCCACACAACGGCGAGCUGGAAACAUCGCAAAACGAGUUCGACGCCUAUCCCUCCGAAUCCAGCGACUCAAGUAACGAUCUCAUCUUCAAUGCCGAUCUGCCUCCGCCAUACUCAGAAUGCGCCAGCGAUGCCAACAAACAUAACAAUCGAGAAGAACCGCCACCGCCUUACUCCGAAUGCUACGUUGCUUUUUCAAAUCCUAAAAACGGAACUCCAUCCGUACGCUUUUACAACAGUCAACGACAAAAUAUAUUCGUCGAGGACAUGGCGACCUCGACUCGCUACAUCAAUGUUCAAACGUCUACUGAAGAACUCACUGAAAUCGCACAUUCGAGCAAUGGAUUUAAUCAUAUCGAUACUGGACAAAUUCUCCACAACCCGAUUGGCGAUAGAAUACACAGAAUACCUUACUUUGAAAAUGCUACUGAGAGAGAUGAUGAAUCCGAAGAUUGUAAUGGUCGUUGCAUUAUGGAUUCUCUUGAAUGCAUUAAUGUUGGUCCCGCUCCGUUAGCCACAGAGGAGCUAUCCAUAGAUACUCAAGAUGAUGUGACGAUAGAAAUCGAUAACUGCAACCAAGAUGCGAUAAGUUGCUAAAAUUUAAGGUUUUGCUACGAUUGAGAAUUUGCUUAAAAUUAUCCUGAAGACUUCAGUAGGUAAGUAUAUAAUUACCUACCUACGUAAAGAGAAAUAUCAUAAUAGUUAUAAAGAUAACGAUUAUCAAAAAGUUUUGAUUGUAUUAAUGGUGGUCCUAACUCUUGCUGCAGCAGAAAAAACGUGUGCAUUUGAAAAAUAUAGUGACGGAAACAGCAGUAAAUAUU